AGUGGCAGACGUGGCAGUGGAUGGUGGUGGCGGUGGCGCGUGAGGGAGCUAGCGAUAUGUUCGAUGGCUGAAUCGACUAGUUUGCCUCAACUCGCGACGCCGAACACCACGACGCUGCGUAUCUUUCGGCCUCAUAUACUCGCGCAAAACAAACACCGCAAUUAUCGUUGAUAAAAUGAUACAACGUGUUAUCUACAACGAUAUCUAACUAACCAAAGUGAUAACUGAUAAGCUGCGGAGUGCUUGACUGUGUAUUAUGUAAAAAUCUGUAGUGAUCCUCAGGAGACGCAAUUAUGGCUACCACUGCAGGUCCUCGCAAGACGAUUUCUAUUUACAACUACCCUGACCAUUUGAACCCCUUUCGGGAAGAGGACAACCACAACAAGAUCAGAUUUUGGACUAUUAACAGCAAACUCAAACGUUCUAAUAGCAUCAGUUUCUCUGGACUUAAGGACUUCAGAAACUCAUGGAGUUUGCGUUCGUUUAUGAAGAAGGGGAAGAAAGGACAGGCGCAAGAAAAAGAAAAACCCAACAGUCCAACAGUCAACGGUGACAAUAGCGUGGUUGAAUAUAGAAAUACAUUGCAACAUACAUCACAUUCAAUGGCAGCGAACCCGGCUCGUAACACUGUGGCGUCGCCAGAAAGACGAUUGACCGCUGAUAGAUACGUAUAUGGUGGCUCUGUGACGCCUCUACCUCGCUCACGGUUUCAGGAACGCCUGCGCAGCCCUAGCAACUACGAAGUCAACUCAACUAGUGCUACACCUCGCAUGGCUCGCAGUGAACUGUCAGGCUCACGAAUGAGCGUGGGGAGUACAAACCCGUUCGAUGAAGAUGAACCAAUUCCUCCCGUGAAAGCCCCACGUCGUAAAAAACGCGCUGCGCCCUUGCCUCCCGUGACCACAACCACUGCUGAUAUUUCGGUUAACAGCGAAACUUCAGAAACUAGUAUUGCUAAUGAAUCACAAAAAAUUAAUGGUGACGAUGACUUAGAAGACAUAAACUGCAAUAUUGAAUUAAAAAUUGUUGAAGACGAAGACAUAAAAAAGAAAGAAGAAUCUACUGUAACUGAUCACAUCGAAGAAGAAUUCAACAGAGAACCCCCUAUAGAUACUCGCGUAAGCACUCAAGACUUACAAGAAAAUUUUGAUAUAAUAGAAAAUGAAAAGGAAGACUCACAGCUAAAUAAUGAAAACACAGUAAAAACUGCAGAUUCAGAUGAUGAUAUCCUUAAAAACGUGGCAUUUUCCAAAGUAGAUAUUGUAAAAUACAGACGAAAUUCAAGCGUUAAUGACGACGACAUUAAACUAAGACGAGGAAAUUUGGAAGAUUUUCAUACACUCUCAAACAAAAGAAGUAAAAGUCUUACAAAUACUUUGGAUGGUAGUUACGUACAAUGCGAUAUAAAUUUAAACGAAGAUAAAAUAAACACAGAUGCUAAUGGUAACGAAGAGCCGCAAAAAGUAGUGUGCAAAUUGUAUGAAAACACUUCGAGAAAACAAAGUAUUGACGAACUUUCGAACACAGAAAAAGAAUUUAUAGAAAUCGAUAAAGCCACUAGAGAGCUUGAAAGAGAAAUAAGUAAGCUAAAUACAGCGCUUGCAGAGGAUGUAGAAUUUACUAUUCAAAGGCGUUCUGUAUCAGAUAUAAAACGAAUAUUUGAUAAGAACGACAUUUCAUCUCCAAAUCCGAUACCAAAACCGAGAAGAAGUCAUCACGGGGACAUAACUUUGUCGAUAACCGAAAAUGGCGACAUUCAAACUUAAAACUACGAUUACUGUAGUAUUUAUAACAUAUUUUUUUGUACCGAAGACACUACAGGAAACAAAAAGAAAAAUUUCCUAGACAAAGAAAAUUGAAGUCUGUAAAUAUUUUAAAAAUUUUGAGUAAAGUACUUUCCUAUUAAUUCGAUCUCAUGGCUUUCGAAAUUCAUUUAAGAAAUAAGACACGAGCCUUUUGGAACCAUCAGUCUGCCAUAUGUAGCAUUAAUAGGUUAAGAUAUCAUUGUGAUAACUAAGCAUUAUGUACAUUAUUUUUUUAUAAAAAUAAUUUAUUAAAUACUAUUAAUAACGCUACUAUAUAAAUAUAAUUAUGUGGGAAUGUUAGCAAUCAUUUGUAUUAAUGUUACUGAUAUGUGAUAUGACUAACCAAAGUACACUUGAACAAAAAUUUUGCAGCGCAUAAGCUGUAUAAGUGUAUAGAUCAGCAGGAAUUUAGUGUAAUAUUAUAUACAUUUUGAAUUGCACUUUAUUCAUACACAUGAUUCAUGCGUAAUACCAAAACUAAUAAUACCUAUUUUGAUGCAUUGAUAAAGCAAAUGCUCGACAAGGUAGCGUAAGAUUUAUUUAUUCAAAAUGUACAUAAUGAAUAUUAUUAUAAGGAUAAAAUAUACAUAAAUAGCUAUAAUUCAGACACUAAUAGACUAGUGAUGGUGUGUAUGAAAAUAUAUCCACAUAUAAUUUAAUUAAGUUAAUUUAGCUGUGCAAUAAUAAAUUAUGUACAAGAUUUAUUACUAUUUAAAUAUAAGUAUGUAAUUGUUUUCAUGUUGGGAUUAUAUUACUGUUCCUCAUUUCAGUCACUGUUAUUUAAUAAAUUCUAGUACUGGUAAGAA